AUGGCCCCAAAAAGGCCGAGAGUUUCAGAGUACCAAUAUUAUACUAAUGAUGAUGAAGAGAUGUUGUCGUCGUCGUCACGGUGGAUUUGUGAGACUGUGAAAGGUUGUCAUGUGUUUAAGGUCGAAGGAUAUUCUCUAGCAAAGGGAAUAGGAGUUGGCGAAUACAUGACUAGUGCCGUAUUCAGUGUUGGUGGCCACGACUGGGCUGUAGUUUUCUAUCCAGAUGGACUUACUGAAGCUGUACAGGAUUACAUAGCCGUGUACCUGAAGUUAGUAAGCCCUGGAGAAGUCAGGGCAACGUUUGAAUUUAAAUUACUAGACCAAACCGAAAAAGGGAAACAUGGUGUUCAUUACUAUACUAGAUCUCCAAAAACUUUUACCGAUAUCUGGGGAUGGCCAGAAUACAUGAAGAGGUCGAAGUUGGAGACCUCAAGCUAUCUCAGGGAUGAUUGUCUUAGCAUUCAUUGUACGGUCGGAGUAUGGCAAACUCGUGUUGAGGAGGAGAAACAUUAUGUUAUUCCCGUACCUCCAUCAGAUAUGAAUCAGAAACUCAAGAGUUUGCUGGAAUCUGAAAUUGGUUCUGACAUUACUAUUCAAGUUGGCAAUGAAUUCUUCAAAGCCCAUAAGUCGAUUCUAGCAGCUCGAUCUCCUGUAUUUAGAGCUAUGUUUUUUGGACUAGCGGGUAAUCCAAACAUGGAAAUAGUAGCCAUUGAAGAUGUUGAUCCCUUUGUUUUUAAGGCCAUGUUGUUAUUUUUGUACUCAGAUGAAUUUCCUAAAGCACGUGAUCUUUCUGAUCCAGAUUUUGUUUGCACUUCAACUACGAUUACACAAUAUCUGUUAGCUGCAGCAGAUCGUUUUGAUCUUGCUCGAUUGAAACUCAUGUGUGAGGCAAAGUUGUGUGAAGAUAUAACUAUAAAUAAUGUGGCAACAGCACUGAUUCUGGCAGACCAAUACCAAUGUUUGCAACUGAAAACUGCCUGCCUAAACUUUGCAGCGAAACCGGAAAAUGCCGGAGAUGUUAUGAAGUCCGAUGGGUUUGCAGAUUUGGCAAAGAGUUCUCCCACGCUAUUGAUUGAUCUGUUCAAGACUAGUGCGCAGUUUCCGUCUUUGCGGUCGACGUCGUGCAGAUUAACAAAAUCUGCAAUCUGCGAACAUGAACAAGACUCCGAGUUCUGCUUUCAGACUCUGAUUGGAGAUCCAGGAACUGCAGCAGCAGAUAUCGAUGGGCUUAUGCUUAUAACGAUUUCAUUAACGCUUGAAAAAGUUCAUGAUAUUUCCAACAACAUUACCUUUCUGCGACAUACCGUCACGGAUUCUGUAGUGAAAGAACGGUUAAUUUCCUGUCAAGAGAACUAUGUUAAUGCACAAUUCUGGUUUCAAAGAGCGUAUUGGGGUUGCAAAAUCGUAUUAUGA